UUGCAGAAAAUACUGCGGCGGCAGAACGGCGGCAGAACGGCGGAAAGAGCGACCGCAGAUUGCUUAAGCUCGAGCCGACAACGAGGUCGAACUGUUGCUCAGAGCCACGUGACGUUCACGCUCCUCCACCCUGGGAUGUAACCCCAGAGUUUUCAACUUCAACAUCGGCAGGUAUCAUUUACAAAACGAUGGAUGGCAGAAAGAGAAGAGCACUAAAACAGGUGAGUUUGAAAUGCAAACACACACAACGCUGACUUAAAUAAGCCAUGCUGGUAAAACAAUGGGCAGUGUGGAGGAUGUGAAAGGGAAACAGACUCCGUCCUCGCAUGCUAAGGAGCCAACAGCCCUUACAAACUCCUCUUUGUCUUGUUGGGGUACUUCAAAGGGCAGUGUGUAAUUCAGGAAACAACCUAGAGACCACACUCCACUUCAGGAUGCCAGCAGCACGCCAAAACAGGCAAUCACAACACGUGAAACAAUAGGGCGGACUCCCACUUUUACAACUUUGACAACAAUACUGUCUGCGAGUGUCAAAUGAUUCAAAUGAGCGAUCAUUAUUGGGUUCACAGGUAUGCCCCGGUGGAGAGGCUAUCCUGUGGUGUACGGAGGGGCUGAACUUCAUAGCACCAAACCCAAAGGGAACCUGAGCGCGCCACAUUCAGCGUGGAGGUUUGUCAUCGUUCCUCAUCAGAAGUCUGAUGCUAACGUCACCUCCCCUGAGGAGGGUGUCUCCUCUCCUCAGGGAGACCCACGUUUUGAAAACACUCUGGCAGCCAACACUAGCCAAAGUGUAGAGGGAGACCUUCGUGUCACUAUAAGCCAAGGGCCUUUCCCUUAUGUCAUCAAUGAGCCAAACAAAUGCGCAGACAGCAGACCGUCACCAUUUUUGGUGUUGCUGAUAUCCACUGAGGCUCGGCAAGUGGAGGCAAGAAAUGCCAUAAGGCAGACAUGGGGGAAUGAGAGCGUGGCUCCUGCUCUGGGAUUCAUCCGGCUGUUUCUGCUGGGGAGAAAUGAGGGCGAGCUGGGACUUUUACAGCAAAGGAUGCUCGAAGCAGAAAGCCAGAGGUAUCAUGAUAUCAUCCAGCAGGACUUUCUGGAUACCUACAAAAACCUCACCAUAAAGACAUUGAUGGGAAUGAACUGGGUGGCAAUUCACUGCCCACAAGCCGGCUAUGUCAUGAAGACGGACAGCGAUAUGUUCCUCAACACAGAGUACCUUAUUUACAAGCUGCUCCGGCCAGAACUGAAGCUUAAGAAGAACUACUUCACCGGCAAUAACAUGAGAGGCUUUGCGCCAAACCGAAACAAAAACAGCAAGUGGUACAUGCCUCCUGAGCUGUACCCAGGUGAAAAGUAUCCCACCUUCUGCUCUGGGACUGGUUAUGUCUUCUCUGGAGACCUGGCGGGAAAAAUCUAUCGUGCAUCACUAAGGAUCCGCCUAUUGCAUCUGGAGGAUGUGUAUGUGGGAAUAUGCCUGGCGAAGCUCCAGAUCGAGCCUACCCCGCCACCCAACGAGUUCCUAUUCAACCACUGGCGGGUGUCUUAUUCCAGCUGCAAGUACAGCCAUCUGAUAACUUCACAUGGGUUUCAUCCCAAUGAACUGCUUAAAUACUGGCAUCAUCUCCAGAGUAACAAACGCAACACCUGCAUAAACGUGUUGAGAGCAGGCAGGGUACAUUUGAACAGAAUGAACCGAGAGAGACCAGCUAAAUAACUUGUUAUCAUUAAACUUUCCUUGCAUACAAAUAAAUUAUUUAAAUCUCAGCUCAUUCUGUUCUUAACUUGAUACCAAGGGAUUAAUCCCAACGUUAUCCAUUUGGGAACACAAUACAACUUCUACAUACAUGUGUGUCUAUAAACUGAUGAGUGUUUUACGAUUAUUGUCAAACAUUUUGUACAAAAUGGAUGAACAAUGUUUGUCUGACUCACUGGACAACACUGGAAAGUGUAUGUAUCGCAUAAUAUUUUACAAUAGAAUAAGCUGUGUUUCACUGUGAGGGUUCUUUUUUGUAAUACUGUAAGAUUUGCUGUAUGUGUUUUAUAUAUGCUGCCUUAAAGAUACAGGCUACUCUAAAACUAGAGUGGACAGGGUACAGUGCCAAUAAAUGUUCCACAUGUAUAUCAAAUAGUCAAUGAAGUAAUUUCAAAA